UCCAGAUGAUGAGGUGAAGAUGGAGAGAGAUCUUCUGUCUGCUUUGUUACUUGUGUUGUUCCUGAGUGUCACUGCAGUCUGUGGUGAAGAAUACACAGAGAACGUGUCCUGCUCCAACAACCAAACAGCCUUUAAUGGCUCAUGUUAUGAGUUUGUAAACCUGAAUCUGAGCUUCGUUAAUGCUCAGGCCAGCUGUGAGCGCGGCGGUGGACAUCUGGUUUUCAUCCGCAACGAAGAAACACAACAGUUUCUCCAGAAACAUCUGAAUUCGACAGAACACAACUGGUGGAUCGGCUUAGUGUCCGCAUCCUACAACUCCAGCUCCAAUGUUUCUACAGAUCUGUUGACGUGGCUGGAUGGAUCUACUGUAACUGGGAAUUGCUCUAACUCGGUGGAAGAUGCCGUGCCUGACACCAGCUGUGGCUACAUCUCCGACGAAUCUGAUUUUCGAUGUGGAGCGACUACUAACUGCACCCAGGAGUUCUACUUCAUCUGCGAGUUUGAGUCAGGACAGAGUUUAGCCUGCAUGGACAACCAUUCCAUGCUGCAGUGUGACUCUGGUCAGGUCCUAGCGGUCAACGAGAGCUUCUAUGGCAGGAACACAGCGUACUACUGCAUGGCUGCUAACUAUUCUCUGUCACAAACAUUUGACCAGGACAUGUGCAGCUGGGUGGACGUGACACGUACGGUAACAGCCGUCUGCGAUGGCCAUCAAGUGUGCAAGAUUCCUGAUGCACCAGUAUUUGGAGAGCCUUGUCCACAACUGGGAAGUUACCUGUUUGUAAAAUAUCUCUGCAGAAACGACUCGUCUUCAAAUGAAAACAAAAGCUCUUCACAGUUUAAAAGAAACGCUCCAGACGACGACUGCUCAUGCAAGGAUCUAAGCGACUACUACGAUCACGGCAUCAAAAUCGAUUGUGUUGAUAACUGUAAUCAAAGAAUACUUCCUGGUUUGGACAUUAUACUAAAACCCCACAAAGAUGUGAAUAAUGGCGAGUGGUAUUACGUACAGUGGGAUGGACCGACUGCUGUGACUCCGUGUAAGAAAGACGACCGCACUGCUACUAUACAUCUGAGUGCCGUUCUCGGAAACGGUGACACUUUUAAUGCUUCAAGUGCUUUUUUGAUCAACUUUACACAAGGCAUCACUAUUGUACUAAAAGGUUAUAAAGGUGGAAAGUUAGGUUAUGAUUGCUACGAUGUUGAAUUCCCGUCAAUCAAAGUACCAACCACCCAAACCACACGCACGACCACCCAAAAUUCAUCCACUUUUUCCCCACAACAAGAAUCACAACCACAAUCCACCACCAAAAAACCUCUAACCACAACAACAAGAACAACAGGAACAUCAACACAACCCACACCGAACUGUCAGAUUUCUCCUUCCACUGGAGAUACUCUCACUCCCUUCAAAGUCACGUGCAACGUAGACCCAAAUUUUUGCUCUAACAAGCUUUGCAGAUUCUACCUGAAAACCUCUAAUGGUGAUUUUGUGUAUCGUGGCAAUCAGAAGAUCAUGACGAACCUGUUCCUUCCUCAGGGUGUAUAUGAGCUGAUAGUCAACAUUAACAAUAUGGCCGGUCAGACGAUCAGCACUACACUCCAAGUUCAAGUAACAGACAAAAAAAAAGUGAGUCAUGACGCGGUACAGGAUCUCGUGUCACAAGCUGCAUCUCAGCAGAAAGAAGGGUCGCUUUCAACUGGCAUGUUGGCAAAGUUGUUUGGAAGCAUUUCCGAUAGCCUAAACGACAGUUAUUCCGACAAUGCGACACAAAAGCUAGUGGAGAGCAUGGCUGAAACUUUGUGUGCUGUGGUGUCCCAGGAAUGUACAACCUUUAUUGAUGGCGAUAUGACCGACAUUGCUUCCACUAUCCUAAGCCUUGUCUCACUUGAAAAGCAGCAGACACAAAAAUCUGAGAUGGAAGCAACCUGUGUUAUUGACAAAAUUAGUAAGAAACUAUGUCUGUCCGAUGGGUACGAAGUGGACAGUGCAGUUUUGCCUCUUGUUUCAUCAGCCAGUAUUCUCCUCAAACUUACAGCAGAGUCAGACAAACAGAUCUCUGGAACAGUAGUAACGUUAUUAAACCAAAUACAGAGCGCCAUGCUCCUUAAUAAAACGAUAAACACAGAGCCAACGUUGGUCACUACACCGCUGAUUAAUCUAUAUGUUAACAGAGUGACUCCAGAUAAUCUCCAUAAAUUGCAGAUCAGUAGUGGGAACACUUCAGCUGCCUUUUCACUCCCAGCUUCAGUUUCAGCUUCGAUUCCUUCAAAUGAGACGGUGAAUUUACGUAUGAUUAGCUUCGGGAUAAACCCUUUUGCUUGGAACAAAGGAAAUAAUAUUAGUGGAAAAGUUGGGAGUCUCUCACUUACCAGGGAUGAUGGCUCUACUUUUCCAGUGGAAAAUCUCAGUGAGGAAAUUGAGGUUCUCUUACCAUUAGAAGGUGGUGUGGCUACGAACAAAACAUUUCUGAACCUGACAAGUUACAGCACUAUGGCCAUCAACGUGACUGUGCCACACAUCUCACUGGUCCUGAAACUGGAGCCUUCAGAUAACACAUCUUUGAUGUUAAAUCUAGGCUUUCAAUACUAUCCCAAUGACACCAAAUAUGUGGCCAAGACCCAGUUCCCUCAACCAGGAGACUCACAAGCGGGUGGGUAUACGUGGGUGCUGAAUCCCAAGGAUGUAGAACUAGCAGUGGGCGUGUACUAUCUGCUAGUGAGGCCUAUUGUACCACCGGGUGUGAAUUCCUCGAAUGCAUCAGUGUUUGUCACAUCAAUUGCUGCAACCUGCAAGUUCUGGAGUGAGCAGAACAGCAGCUGGAGUACAUAUGGCUGUAGGGUUGGCCCUCAGACCACAUCACAGGUCACUCAGUGCCUGUGCACUCACCUGACUUCUUUUGGGAGCUCCUUCUUUGUCAUGCCCAACAUGGUUGAUGUGUCUCAAACUGCUCAGCUUUUUUCCACAUUUGCCAACAACCCUGUGGUUGUGUGUUUUGUUGGUGCCAUAUUCCUGGCGUAUUUUAUAACGGUGAUAUGGGCACGCAGGAAAGACCUUCAGGACAAGAUAAAGGUGAGAAUCACAGUGCUGGAGGAUAAUGACCCAUUGGCUGAAUACCGUUACUUGGUAGCAGUCGCCACGGGUCAUCGCUUUGGAGCUGCCACCACGUCUCACGUUACGCUGACGUUAACAGGCACUGUUUGGGAGAGUAAGCCUCAUCAUCUGUCUGAUCCAGAAAAACCUGUCUUUACUAGGGGAGGGGUGGACAUAUUUAUACUCACCACUCCUUUUUCACUUGGAGAUCUGCAGAGCAUCAGGUUGUGGCAUGACAACUCUGGCGAGCAUCCUGACUGGUAUGUCAAUAGGGUGAUGGUGCAGGAUCUGGAGACCGGACAGCUAUGGAAUUUCUUGUGUAACUCAUGGCUGGCAAUCGAUUUAGGGGAUUGUGCUCUGGACAAGGUGUUCUCUAUAGCAUCUGAGACCGAGUUGAAAGGUUUCCACAAUAUCUUUUUCACCAAGACAGCAAAAGACUUGUGUGAUGGCCACAUCUGGUACUCUGUCUUAAACCGACCUGCGAACAGUAGUUUCACUCGAGUGCAGCGUCUCUCUUGCUGUUUCUCCCUGCUUCUCUGCACCAUGUUAACCAGCAUCAUGUUCUGGGGGGUUCCCAAAAGCCCCUCUGAGCAAAACAUGAAUUUAGGCACAAUAAGCUUCAACAUACAGCAAGUGAUGAUCGGUGUCCAGAGUUCGAUUAUUAUGUUCCCUGUCAACCUCUUGAUUGUGACCAUAUUCAGAAGCACCCGGCCACGGAGAAAGAAAGACGUGGCCAUAAUUCAGGACUCCAAAUCUGGGUCCCCUAAGCAGGAGAAAAAACUUGCAGAGAAAUGGCGCAUUCAGACCGACAUCACUAUCGAGAUUGUUGUCAAAGAGUUAAAGAAAAUAGUUAGCGCCCUGGCUAAGGCAGUGAAGUGUCCUUUUCCGAAUGCAGCCCAGGAAUCUGAAACAACAGACAUCAGCACUUUAUUGUUUGUCCUGGAAGACAUCAUCCGUCAGCAGAAUUUCACCGUUAGCAAAGUUUACGGAGAAGAUACGGAAAACGAUCCGUUCUUAGUAUACAAGCUAUAUCGGCACUAUCUCUACAAACAGCUCCGGAAUUUAGAAAAAGAGCUGAGGAUGAUGGGUCCUUCAAAAUUCCCAAAGCCAGAGAGAUAUAUUCAGACUGUGCUUCAGGUCCAAGGUAUAAAACAAUUGCUCGAGCCUUAUCUUUACUCCAACCCUAUGGGCAACCAGGUGACUAUUGCAGACACUGAAGAAAAGAAAAAGAAAAAUUGCUUCCAGAAAGGCUUUCCCUGGUGGUUUGUGUUUGUGGGUUGGUUUCUCAUUGCGGCAACUAGCGGCGUGUCGGCGUACUUCACCAUGAUGUACGGGCUGACAUACGGAAAAGACCGCUCCAUCAGCUGGCUCAUUUCUAUCUCGGUCUCGUUCUUUGAGAGUUUGUUUGUCACCCAGCCUAUAAAAGUCCUAGGAUUUGCGAUCUUCUUUGCCCUAGUGGUGAAAAAUAUCGAAAGUAACGAUGAGAAUUAUUUUACUAUGUUAAAGGACAUGACACUUACCUACUCAGACGAUCCCGAUGAUAUCCGAAUUUCCAGAAGGGAUAGCACAUGCAGCUUCUACCAGCCUCCUCCGAUUAGCGACAUUGAGAAAAUGAAGAGAAACUAUUUAAAAAAUCAGAAAGCUAUUGCUUUAAUCAAAGAAAUCAUCAUUUACCUAGUGUUUCUGUGCGUACUACUCCUGGCUACGUACGGUCAGCGUGAUCCAAACGCUUAUUAUCUCACACAACACAUUCAGCAGAGCUUCAGCAACGGUAUCAGCGACAGCAUGAGUGCCGGUGACGUGUUCACUUGGGCGAACGGCGUCCUCAUCGGCAAUCUCUACGGACAACGUCCAGGCUUCAUCACAGAUGGAAACUCAAAGCUUGUGGGAAGUGCGCGUAUGCGUCAGAUUCGAGUGAACAAGGACUCGUGCAGAAUUUCUAGAGUCAUGAAACAUCUUGUUCAUGAUUGUAAUGCACCAUAUUCGUGGAAUAUCGAAGAUAUGGGCUCCUAUGGUCCAGGAUGGAAUAGUUCAAUGGGUGUAAAUAUGACUGAAACCCUCCUUAUGUCCUGGCAAUACCAAACCCAGUCUAAACUCAAGGGAAACCCUAUCUGGGGCACAAUGGCUUUCUACAGAGGUGGAGGUUUUGUACUGGACAUGGGUCUUGACCCGGAGCAAGCAAGCAGCAUGCUACAGUACCUGUUUAACAACACAUGGUUAGAUGUAUACACACGGGCGAUCUUCAUCGAGUUCACGGUAUACAACGCAAACGUCAACCUCUUCUGUAUUGUAACACUGAUGCUAGAAACCACUGCAGUGGGAGCGUUCCAAUACAGCAGCAAGCUGCAAACGUUACGUCUUUACGAGACCACCGAUGGCAUUAAUAUAGUGGCAUCUGAGGUCAUUUAUUUCCUUUUCAUUCUCUAUUAUAUGUUUUUGCAGAUCAAGAAGAUCAAGCAAGAGAAACUGCAGUACUUCAGGAGCAAGUAUAACCUUUUAGAGCUAGCUAUCAUUCUUUUAAGUUUGGCUGCAUUGGGUGCAAUUAUCGACAGAACCGUUCAGGGAAACCAAGAACUGAAGUAUUUUCAGGAGCACAAAGACCAAUUUCCGAGCUUCUACAGCACAGCCUCAGCAGACUCAUGUCUGGGGAACAUUUUGGCUUUCCUGAUUCUUAUGGCAACCGUCAAAAUGUGGCAUCUGAUGCGCCUCAACUCCAAACUCAACUUGAUCACCUGCACGCUGCGACGGGCCUGGAACGACAUCUCCAGCUUCAUCGUGGUCCUAAUCAUCAUGGUUCUAGCCUACUCCAUUGUGAGCAAUUUGCUGUUUGGUUGGAUUCUGUACACAUACAAGACUCUUCAAGACUCUGCCUUGGCCAUUAUUGCCUUACAGCUUGGCAUAUUUGAUUACGAACAGGUCCUGAAUCUGAACCCAAUUCUUGGUUCGUUCCUAAUUCUCUCUUGUGUCCUGUUCAUGACAUUCGUGGUGCUGAAUCUUUUUAUCUCAGUCGUCCUCGAGGCGUUCAGUCACGAGCAGAAGCACUACAAGCCAUCAGAAGAGGAGGAAAUAGUAGACCUGAUGAUUAUGAAGAUAUGCAGAGCCUUUGGAAUCCCAGUCAAGAAGAAAUGAUGAAGAAAAGCAAACUUACACCUUGUUAUGUUUCAUAUGUAGCUGCUGAAGAUGAAUAAACUCUUCAGUGAGAAACUUUUGCCUUUCAUUUCUACUAAUAAAAAAAAAGAAACUGUUAAAAAAAAGUCUAUUAGUGAGUUUUAUUUGCUUUAUUUAAACAGUUUAUUUGUGAAUGAAAAAAGUGUAAAUCCAGAAGAUGCAAAUCAAUAAAAUCAUGAGUACAUGGGAGCUGUUUUUGGGCAUUGUACUUUUUUAUUUAAGUGAUAUUACAUGGGUGCAGAUACGGAUACAAAAAAAAAAAAACCAAGAACGGCAAACGAAACGACCGAUGAGAGA